AGCAACUCGGGUUAUAUUUAGCGGCCGGUUCGUGUUGCAGCGUCGGGGUCGCGGCUGCAGUUUGCCCCCCCCCCCAUCUCGGCGUCGGAGCGGCGGGACUCGCGGAGGACGAGUAGAAAGCGGAGGAGGAGGAUAACGGACCGUCACAGCCCGGGGAGGGGGACCACCACCAACACCACCACCAACAACACCACCGCCACCAAACAUCCGAGGGAAGCUUCCACCACCGUCCUGCUCAGAGAUGGCGACCCCCGCCGCAGCAGCAGCAGCAGCUGAAGAAGAAGAAGAAGAAGCAGCUGAAGAAGAAGCAGCAGCAGCAGCAGCAGACGUCCCGAGCCCUGCGACGCGGGACGAGCCGGAGGAGCCGAACAUUCCCGAACCGGAGCCCGCGUGUCAGGAGGCGCAGAAAUGGAUCGAGGCUGUUACAGGGAAGAGCUUUGGAGACAAGGUCUUCCGCAGCGCGCUGGAGAACGGCAUCCUGUUAUGCGAGCUGCUGAGUGCAAUCAGACCAGGGCUGGUCAAGAAGAUCAACAGACUGCUCACCCCCAUCGCCGGCCUGGACAACCUGUCAGUCUUCCUGCGGGGCUGUGAGGAGCUGGGCCUGAGGGGCUCCCAGCUGUUUGACCCCGGGGACUUGCAGGACACGUCCAUGCGAGCGAACCUCAAGGACUCCGACUGCAACCGCAAACUAAAAAAUGUGCUGAACACAGUGUUCUGGCUGGGGAAGGCUGCCAGCGGCUGUGCCUCCUACAGUGGGCCUACUCUCAACCUCAAGGAGUUUGAAGGGCUUCUUUCCCAAAUGAAGAUGGAGACUGAGGAAGGAGGCGACAGUCCACAGAAGCGCAGUGUUAGAGACAGCGGCUACGACUGCUGGGACUCUGAGAGGAGCGAUUCUCUCUCUCCACCACGACACACCCGCGACAACUCCCUCGACAGUCUGGACUCCUUUGGCUCCCGCUCCCAGCACAGUCCUUCCCCUGAUGUGGUGAAUCGAGGCAACACUGAUGGGCGAGGCAGCGAUUCAGAGGCCGACGGCUCCGGCAGGAGGCCAGAUGUGCGGAAGGAUGACAUGUUGGCCAGGCGGACUGCCAGCGGGGAGUCAAGGAGCUCCAUCCCUUUCAACCAGUUUCUUCCCAACCGAACCAAUGCCAGCUCCUACAUCCCAGCUCCGCGGCGAAAACCACACACAGAGGACGGAGAGCAGCGGAGUCACUUGCAAGCCACUCCGGAGCAGUCCAGCAAAAGAACUGGACUGCACCUCAAAACUGCCAAGACCGUCACUUGGGCCGUCGAGAGCAAUGGGGAGAAACUAAAACAGGAAGAGGAGAAGGUGGCGCAGGAGGUGCUGGAGCAGAGGAGGCUGCAGAAGUUGGAGAAGAUGGGGAUCAAAGUUCUGCCGGCUGCUGUUCGCUACAGCAGCGCUCCCACGGUGGAGGAAGAGGAAGUGAGGUCACCAUCCCCGAGCAUCAUCCUUCGCCGGGAUAACGACUUUUUGACCUCUCAGAAAUCUGCCUGGGAUUCCUCCUCGGAUGCGGAGGAGGAGGCAGAGGCGCAGAAAGUUCCAGAUGUUCGGAAAGAUGACCUGGCGUCCAGACGAGCUCAUCGCGGCGCCGUUGCUCCCAGGGUGCACCAGUUUGUCCCGGCAGUAUGUAGCAACAAAGACCGGGAGCGCUGGGAGGGGAUUCGACGGGCCUCCCAGCAAACACUGCAGGAGAGAGAGAUCAGUGAGAAGGAAGCGCUUCCUGACAUCAUUACACGCAAAGACAACCCCUUCCUAAACUCUGCCCCUCGCCGCGAGGAAGAGGAGGAUGAGGAGGAAGAGGGGAGGGUUAAAGCGAUGCCUAACAAGCAGAAGGACGACCUGGCUCGUAGGCGGGCUCAGAGUCGGACCCUCCCUCAGAGGGAUGGACCAAUGAGCUUUGUUUCUGCCUCUAUGAGCCAGGCAGACAUGAAGAAGUGGGAGAAACUCAAGAUGACUGAACCCAGUGAGGCUAGCGCGGCACCUGUGUGUCAGGCUUGUCUGGAGAAAAGUUAUGGGACUCCUCUCAGCGGAUCAGCAAAGGCUGGACGAGGUCACAGCAAAGUUGUGACCUUUGGGGGCGUGACUGAGAUCGAGCAGCCAAUAGACACAGUCACAUCAAAUGAAGGGGAGGAGACGGAGUUGCUAAGACGACUCCUUUCCAAGGCAACUGUAGCCAUGCCUACCAUUGGCCUGGGCUCCCAGCUUUCAGAGCGGGAACGCAGCCAGGUUGAUGGAGCCGACCUCAGUCAAACCACACCUCCUUCUGCCGGUCUCCCACCCUGGACCCCUGAGUGUGCCGCGACUCCCGCUGAGCUGGACGCUCGUCUGGCUCAGUACGAAAGGAGAGCACAGGAGGAGGAGGAGGAGGAGGAUGAGGAGGAGCAGGAGAGGAUCCCAGAUCUUCAGAAAGACGACAUGAUGGCAAGGAGGGCAGGAGCUUUCCAUAAACAAAGCACGGCCACAGCGACUUACAACCGCUUCCUGCCUCUGCCCAGCUCCAAGCGCUGCACACCGCGGGAGGACACUCCCGAUGCUGCUCCGCGUAACAAGAAGGAAGUGCAGAUGGAGAGAAACAAGAAACUGGGCGUCAGAGUGGAGCAACAACAACAACAACAACAACAACAACAACAACAACAACAACAACAACCAAGAGUUCACAUGGAAACACCUCAACCACAGCCUGACGCGAUGGCGGUGCGAUUGACACCUCACAACGAACGGGAAUACGAUGAGGAUGAGGAUGAGGAUGAGUAUGAUGAAAACGAGCCCUUGCCCGACCUGGAGAAGGACGACAUGAUGGCACGGAGGACGGGAUCUUACCAAAAGCCAACUGCACCCAGGACUAAUCAGUUCCGUAACCAGUUCCUGCCCGUACCUGGAUCAGUCAAAUAUAGCGUCAGCCCUGUGUCGGCAAUGAAGCCGCUACACAGCAGACCCAAGCACGCUGAGAAGAUGACUAGUGAAAGCCGCAGCAUUAUCGUAGCAGCAGAACCUCAGGCACCACCCCCUGCCCCCCCAACCGGCCCCAAGUGUACAAUGCUGAUGGAGCGGCAGGAGAAGGAGGAGGCUGGAAAGCAAGAGGGAGACAUGAGAGUCCCCAACACCUCUGUCACAGGUUUGACUGAGCCCCUCUCUUCUCCAUCACUCACCCCUCCACCCAGUCCUGCCGCUGCUGCUGCUGCACUGAUCUGUAAAGUGGAGGCCGUGUUGGAGACAAAAACAGAGAGAAGGGUGGAAGAGAGAAAAAGGGAUGUGAAUGAGCCACCGCGAAAGAAGCCGCUCUGGCUGGAGGACGAUGAUCUACCUCCCAUCAUGAUGAGCCGGCGAGUUGCUUUUAUGUCUGAGGACACAGAGAGUGUGAGUUUGGGUGACAUGCUCAACGAGGAGGAGGUGGGAUAUUUACCACCGCUGAGCCAAUCCCGACACGAGCGCAUGCAGGAACAGUACAGCUUUCAGGAGGAGGAGGACCACUGGCAUAAUGACCUGGCUCGCUGGAAGACUCGCCGUCGCAGCACGUCACAGGAGCUCAUCAAGAAAGAGGAAGAGAGGAAGAGGAUGGAGAAGAGCAUGAAGGAGCACGGAGGUGACGGCAACAAGAGGAAAAGCAUAAAGACGUACAAUCAGAUCUUGGAGGAGAAGGAGCGCAGAGAGUUGGAGUUGUGCGAGGCCUAUAGGAACGCAGCGACUCCAGAGGAGGCAGCCGUGGUUUUACAGCGCUACGCUCUCCGCUUCACCAUCAGCGAUGCAACACUGGACAGCCUGAAACUGCCCAGAUCCACCUCGAAACCCACAUCAGACGCCAGUCGGGUGGACGAAGAGGACAAAACCUCCUCAGCUGUUGAAGACUCGGAAACGUCAGAACCUCUGCGCAAACCAGAACCUGCUGUUGUGACAGAACAGAGGGAAAUGAAACCUGAAGAGAUAGAGAAAGAUACAACUCCUCAACAAGAGACGUCAGUGUCUGUCCCCACCAGUUCCCCGACACCCACCAGUCCCCCCACCACUGUCACAAAUUCAGAAAAUAAACCACCGCAGUUGAUAGAACUGAUCAAACCUCAGUCCAAACCAACAGAGUCUCCCACCGCACAUCAGACACAGCAGAUUACAGGAGAUGCGAAGCCUCAGACCAAGCACACGCCGCCUCGAAUCACUCAAGCGCAGCCUCACACCAAACAGCCGGCCCACACAAUCCCCUCCCCUCCAUCUGUUCCCUCCAGGCCUCUGCCCCUCCUGGUUGCCAAGCCCUACUGCCAGCCCAGGAGCACGCCGUCUGGACACAAACCGGUCAAGAUGGAUGUGUUGGUGCGUGUGAAUGGAGAGGCGACAGAGGAUUUAUCCACUCCUGCCACGCCCGCCUCCCCUCAGCACUCGCCACAGGAGAUUGAAGACGUCAGCUCCAAACAGACAGAGAAAGAUUUUCCCGCUGAGGAGACGCUGGUGAAAAACCAGGAGACAACAGAACAGCCACCACCACCGCCUCCGCCUCCGCAGACAGAGAAGUCCACCGCAUCUUCAGGCUCGGCCAUCAGCUCCCUGAUUGGAGGCCGAAACUGCAUCAUCACAACAACGAUCGUCACCGAGCUGACGCAGACGCUGGUGGAGCCGCUCAACCCAGAGCAAAGUAAUGGACAGGUCAAUGGAACUACUGGUUUGGUUGCAUCACCGGUGAAGGAAAAAAAGGAACCGCCAGCUUCAUCAGCCAGCAGCAUGCAAGAAUAUUCUCCCACCGUCACAGAGGGACUGGAGGAGAGCAGUGUCACUAUUGAGACCCCCAUGUUGAACUUGGCUAAACGUGUUAAUCACUGGGUCUGGGACCCCAAUGAGGAGCGUAAUCGCCUGGAAAUGUGGCAACAGGAGCAGGAGCGCCUCCUACAGGAGCAAUACCACAAAGAACAGGAGAAGCUGAAGAAGGAGUGGGAAAAAGCCCAGAUAGAGGUGGAGGAGGAGGAGCGAAAACACAAUGAGGAGGAGAGACGGAUUCUGGAGGAGACUGUAACGCCCCUCAAUCCCAGCGGCUCGUUGAAGCAGCAGCUCGUCAAGACAGAGACGACUCCAUCAGCGCCACCAAACAACGAGACGGAGAACGGCCAUGUUCCUCCGCAGCAGAACGGCCAAAGAGUCUCCGCGGGGAACGAGGAUCAGCACGCGUCAAAGCUGCAUUUUUUCCAGGAUCCUGUGUGUGAUGGUGAACCCUCAAAGAAACAGGAGCUGUGGAAGACGGCGUCUUUAGACCGCAACCUCCAGCUAAACCAGACACAGGCUGUUAAAAGGUCUGGAUCACAUGACGUUGUAACAGGCAAACAGCAGCAGGCUUCCUCCUCUUCAUCAUCAUUACCACCACAGCCACCUUCCCCCAGCAGGUGUGUAAGUGGGAAGAGACUUUGCUGUGGUUGUUCUCAGCCUCUGGGAAAAGGAGCUGCCAUGAUCAUCGAUACACUGGGACUGUUUUUCCACAUACAGUGUUUUAAGUGUGGAGUGUGUGAUGGGCAGCUGGGCGACGCCUCUGCAGGGACUGACGUGAGGAUUCGAAACGGCCAGCUGAGCUGCUACGAGUGCUACAUGGCAACUCGUGGCAGAGGACAGCCCACUACACUAUGAGGAGCUGCAGUGAAACUGGAACCCCACCGUCUCCUUCGCAGUCUGUGAUUGGACGGAGAAAGGAAACUCAUCGCUGGAACGAGCUUGGAAUCUCUUUGGAACUUUGGAAUCAUCCCUUUUUAUGCACAAACAGCUUAAUGGAUGUUUUUCUGAGAGCAGAACGGACACGUGCACUAAAUGAAAGAACAUCUCACGCACACACAGAACAGUCUGUGCUUCUAACUGUUCACAUGUAUACAACUUCUAGUUAUUCGGUGUAGCAUGGACAUAAUAAAUCAGAAAUCAGUGUGUUUAGGCCUUUGCACAGUCAAGACACUAUAAUAAGAAUCUGUUUUCGUCGUAAGCUGAACAUGUGUCACUACAAACUAAACGCUACUGUCUCUUAACGCAGUUUCCUGAGCUACUGUCCCCUGCUUCUGCACCGAUCAUGUGACUCGUGUGUUCGGGUUGGAUAACCUGAAGUAGCUUGACCAUUUUAAUGCCUUACUCAUCACACAUCCAUCUUGGCUUUUGUGUUUUACGGUUUUUGCAUGAAAGAAGAACAUGUAUAAGUUAUUGUGAGUAUUGCUCCGAAGUGUGAGUUUGACGUAGGUUGUUGUCGUCUCAACAGUUGAACUUUGACUCUCCUCUUGUAUGUUGUACAUCAUGAUAUUUUCUAAGUUUUGUUCUUUACGAUUAAUGUUACAGGAAUGACAAUGCAUCAUAUACAGUAAUAAUAAUUCUUGUUCUUUGGAUUUUAAGUAUUUUCCCCUUUAAUAUGUUUUAGCCGUUGUUUAUUCUCAUAGACUGACUGCUUCCUGAAUCAGUGCCUUAUGUGAUGAAUGCGAGGACCGGUGUACUUUGUGUUUAGGGGGAUCGCACACUCAUGCGGACCUCCGGGUCUUGGCAUUACGUGUGUGUGUUAUCAGUGUGUGUGUGUGCAUGUAUAUGUAUGCAAUAUGUAAUUUGACUUGAAGCACAGUUCCAUACCAGCAAAAAAAAACGUUACAUGGAUCAGCCACUCCGAAUCACCUCCUGUUCUCUCCCUCUCUCUUUCCCAUGAGCUAAACCAAUGACAUAGUUAUUUUGCUGCUUCCCAGAUAUUAUAUCAGUUCACCGGGUCCUGAACAUCUCUCCUCGUUUGCCUCGAUCACAAGUGUUGUCGCCCCCAGAGUCUCUGCUCUGUGUUGUUGCCUCUGUACCGGACACAUGGCGCGUGUCGUCGUCACUCAGAGGGAUAGAGUUCAUCGUCUUUUAUAGCAAGUGUAUGUUUAUCAAUAAAAUAUUUUAAAUGGGAA